UAUAAAAUUGGACGCAUGCUUGGUGAAGGAGGAUGUGGCAGUGUUUAUGAAGGGACUCGCUGCGAGGAUGGACUUAAGGUGGCUGUGAAAUGUUCAGAGAAGACGCCAGACAUGUCAUAUAUCAGAGUGCCUGGUCAUCCCAAACGUCUGCCAAUGGAGAUUGGCCUGAUGCUCAUGGCCAACAAUGGCCCCAGCGUUUCCCAGAUCAUUAAGCUGCUCGACUGGGAGGAUGACACAGAUCACUACGUGAUAGUCAUGGAGCGACCAGUGCCUUGCGUGGAUUUGUUUACUUAUGUGGAUGAUGAAGAAAUGCUUGACGAGGGGAUUGCAAGAAAUAUUAUGCGGCAGAUCAUUGAUGCCGCUAAAACUUGCUGCGAUCGUGGUGUCUUCCAUCGUGAUAUAAAACUGGAGAACAUCUUGGUGAACCAGGACACCAUGGAGGUCAAAUUAAUUGACUUCGGGUGCGGCGCAGUCAUGAAGAAAUCUGCCUUCAAAUCCUUUAGUGGCACGAAAGAGUACUGUCCACCUGAGUUCAACUUGAAGGGCAGGUACAAAGCAAAGCCAACCACAGUGUGGACACUAGGGUUCAUCUUGUUUGAAAUGCUGUGCGGGGAAUGUCCUACAUCCUACGACCAACACAAGAUCACUGUGAACCUCUGGACCAGACCUGGCUUGUCAAAAGAAUGCUGCCAGAUGAUUUGUGAUUGUCUGCAGCCUGAUCCACAGAGGAGACUCAGUCUGGACAAGAUGCAUCUCCACGACUGGUUUAAGGUACUAAGACUAAGACUAGUUAAGCUUUUUGUUGGUUUAGUUUGAUCAUCAGUCGCCAUGAACUUAAGAUAAUUUUUCUGCAAAAGUGAAGUAUUUAGACAAAUAAUGCCGAUUUAUCUUUUGUUUCAGGUCACAGAGUAAAACACAACCUCAGAAAACAACUCCUGUCAUGGCCAGCCUGUUGUUUUCUGUCUUCAGUCAGCUUUGCGUCUGGUGGACUGACAAGAGGGGCCUUUCCAUCAGUCCACUCUGGCCUUAGUGUAUUGCAGGCCCUUGCCUUGACUUAAAGCAGUCUGGCUGUAUUGCUUGCUUGGGGAUCUGUAAAUAAUAAUUAAUUGUUUAUUUGGAUUUGUUUAUUUAUUAUAAGGAAGUUCGUAAGAACAUUUCUAAGGAAUUUUGUAAG